AAAUUAUUGAUACCUCUACCGUCAUCCCCAAUAAAUUAUCACUUACCCCUACCGUCGGCUCCACUAGAUCAUCAGGUACCGCUACCGUCAGCUCCACUAAAUCAUCAAGUACUGUCGUCAUCAACUCCACUAGAUCAUCAGGUACUGCUUCCAUCAGCUCCACUAGAUCAUCAGGUACCACUACCAUCAGCUCCAAUAGAUCAUCAAGUACUACUACCAUCAGCUCCACUAGAUCAUCAGGUACCGCUGCUGCCAACUCCACUAGAUCAUCAGGUACGGCU